AUGGCCGCCGUGAGGGAAAUUGUAACUGCACUGGACAACAAUUGGAAAUGGGUGGCUUUUGGAAAUGCUCAACAUGUGUGCAUGUUCUCUGGCUACCUCCUCUUCUAUCUCAUCGGGAUGCUGGCGGAUAUGGAGUAUCAUAUUCCGCCGUACGUCGACGAUGCGUUUGGAAUACUUGCCCUCACUACAGAAUGGCUCCUAUUCGCCAAUCAUCUCCAUGGCAUGCCUCCCCUCGAAGUCUUAGUUCACACGUUGCUGGGAAAUGUGAUCAAGGGCGGAAUCCUGAUGGGAUUUCUGGUGAUUUGGAAAAAGUCCCAAAUUCUUCCGGUGCUCGGAUUGGCGUAUACGAUACUGUUCCAAGGAACCUGGUUCUGGCACGUCGGAUUUAUCCUCUUUCCUCCCUGGAAGAGUACCUGGAACGCGGAGAGCCACGAACACAUGACCAUUGCCACUGUGAUUUUUAUCGCCCACUUGUUUCUCAAUGCCGUUCUCAUCCUGAUUCUCAAUGCUUUCAUUGCGAGGCGUCUUCGUGGACGAAAAUGUCUUGCUAAGGACUCAAUGGAGAGGCGGAUGCUGUUAUCUCAAGAUGAGGAGCCAGAGAAGGAGAGAGAAAUCUUCAGAAAUGGGACAAUUCCAUGAUAUAAAAAAGAAGCAACUAUGGGUGCACGAAGACUGGACUUUGCUCAAGCAAGGUUGUUAACAAUUGCUGAAACUUUUCAUGGUUAAAUGGAAACUAUGAUUCAAAAUGAAGUUGAAAAGUAAAAUAACUCCAAAGGAACGGUUAUGAGAAUGUCAUGGAAAAUUCAGAGAAUCCCUCACACUUUGUCAGUUAUAGAAGAUUGAAUUUAAAUAAGAAUGUCACC